AUGUUUGCAUUUCACAAGGGUCUCUUGUUGGUGGCAUCUGCCUUGUCCCUUUUCGUCUUUCUGAUGAUAGGAAGCAUGUCCCAUGCAGGACCAACAUCAAUCUCCAUCAACACUGGAGCUUUAUCAGAGAAACAACAACAGAAAUUCAUUGUUCCUCGGAUCAAGAAAAUCAAUGCUCCCUAUUCUGAGUGGGCUCACCAUCAUUUGGUGUGGAUGAACGGUGAAAGUCAAAAUCAACAAGCAUUGUUGAAACUUGUUUCCACCUAUUCUCAAAAUGAUAUUCCAGUUGGAGCUGUGGAUUUGGAAGCAGGAUGGUCGAAAGGAAUUAAUAGUUUUGUGCCUGAUCAGAGUAAAUUUCCAAACCUCUAUCAAUUUGUUAAACAAAUGCAUUCCAUGAAUAUUAAAGUUAUUUGUUGGACGACUCCUCUCAUCAAUGUGGAUUCUCCAAAUUACAAUACUGCUUACAUGAAAGGAUAUUUUGUCAAUGAUGGAAGAUCCAUUGAAUGGUGGAAAGGACGAGGAAGUUUCAUUGAUUACACAAAUCCAGACGCAGUUCAAUGGUGGCAUUCACAAAUGAAUAAUGUAUUGGUUUUGAAUCAAACGGAUCCAAAAGAGGGAAUUGAUGGAUGGAAAUGUGAUGGCUCAGAUCCAUAUUUCUAUGAAUUGAUCUAUGCUUAUGGCAAGAAGGGUCACAUUUCAGAGAAGGAUUAUUCAUACAUGUAUUAUCAUGAUUUUUUAAAUUAUACCAGACAAGUCAGAGGUCAAGAUUCUUUGAUUGUUAACAUUCCUGUGGAUUCCAUUUUAGGAAUGGCCUUCUUUGAAUUUGCUCCAAAAGAUAUUGUCUUUAAUGGAUGGGUUGGAAACAAAUAUGCCAAUUACUUUGGUUUUACAGAAUCUGUGAAAAACAUGCUUCACUCUGCUUGGAACAAAUAUUUGGGAUUUACCACUCCAAUUGGAGGAUAUGAAGGAAUUCGGAACUAUGAUACUGAUCUAAAAUUCACUCAUGCUCACUAUGAAAUUGUUCCUUAUUUGUACACAAGUGGAAUUGAUGCCUAUCAAAAUCGGGAUUGUUUGAUUACACCACUCUCAUCUUGGACUAUGUUUGAUCCAACAUUCUGGACCUUCAAGCUUGGUAAAGACAUGAUUGUGACACCUGUCUUUGAUUAUUCCAAUUGUACCAAUGUUUUAUUCUCUGAAGGCACUUGGGUGGACUAUUUUGAUCAUAGCGUCACUUUUGCAGGUGUUUACAAUGAAACAUUUGACUACUCGAUGACUUAUGAAGAGUUUCCUGCUUUUUAUAGAGCUGGCAGUAUUUUACCUUUGAAUAUCACCAGUGAUUACGUCAAUGUAUUUGGAAAUUCCAAGUCACAUUCAGGUUAUUUGACUCUUGCGAUUCAUUAUCCAAUCAUGAAUGAAGAACAGAGUCAAAUGAUCUUCUCUCAUGGUAUUGAAGUGAGAUAUUUCAGAAAUUCAAGAGACAACACCAUGUCCAUCACGGUCUCAGCACCUAAUGGAUUUAGAGCUGAUUCAGAAAAAUUCAAAUAUUGGACAUUCGAGGAUUGUUAG